UGAAUAAACCAUCAAUUAAUAUGUUAAAAUCAUAUUCGAUAAACAUUCCAUCUCACAACAAACAGUGUCAGAUGGCCUAUGGUAUUUCAUCCAAAGCAAUAAUGUAUACAACUAAUAAGGAUCGUAUUUCCUGUAACCGAAUGCGAUGUCAGACAGAUAAACAGGUUUAUUAUAUGCCAUGGGCUGAAGGAACUGAAUGUGAUGUUGGAAGAUAUUGCUGUCGAGGAGAAUGUAUUGAACUGAGGAAGCUCGAUCAAAUCAAUGGCGGAUGGAGUGAUUGGAAAACAACCGGUCAAUGUACACGGUCUUGUGGUGGAGGCAUACAAUGGUAUGCCCGCGAGUGCGAUAAUCCAAUUGCAAAAAAUGGUGGCAGAUUUUGUGUGGGAAUGCGUAAAACAUACAAGUCAUGUAAUACUCAGGAUUGUCCCGUCGGAACAAUGGAUUUCCGCGAGAAGCAGUGCAUUGCUAUGAAUAACCGCACUCAUAAGUGGACUGCGGCAUAUAAUUUUCAUCCAGAAGAUCAAUGCGAAUUGGCUUGUAAAAUUGUCAACACGAACACCGUUCAAUGGUUCGACCGACAUGUGAUCGAUGGCACAUCUUGCAGCCAAAAUACUUUUGACAAAUGUGUCAAUGGUAUUUGUCGACCGGCUGGAUGUGAUAAUAAAUUGAAUUCCAAAUUAAAAUUGAACAGUUGUGGAGUUUGCUAUCGAAAUGAUGCGAUGUGUAAUCAUUAUUCUCAAACAUAUUCAGCUGAACAAAUUGUCAAAUUAAAUCAAUUCAAGAGAUAUUCCAAAUAUUUCGAUGUCACAACAAUACCAAAAGGAGCUGUAAACGUGGAAAUCGUUCAAUUCGGACAUCCUGGAGACGGAAACUAUAUUGUUUUCGAGAAUGAAAAAGAGGAACUCACCCGCUUUGGCCAAUCAUUCACUAGUCCUGUGACAAUAACAUAUACUUAUAAUGGAUUUGAUUUUCAAUACACCUCUGAUGAAACCACGGUAAAAAUGACUGCACUUUCAUCCAAACGUUUGCCGUACGAUCUAACCGUGAAAAUUUUCUUGGAUGGUAAACAAAAACGAGAUUUGAUUCGCUAUUCCUAUUGGAUCAAAAACAAAAAUUUCACGGAAACAGACACUUCUGGUACAGAUGCACAUCAACGCCGCCCGGUGUUGUCAUUGCUCACGUCUUUGAUCAUGAUGAUACUUAUUUACUUAUAUCAAUAAUUAAAAAAAAAACA